AUGUCUGGCCCAAACAAAGCGCGAAUCAUUGCGUUGACAGGAGGUGUCGCUGCAAUUACCGCCACUGGAGCAUGGUAUGGCGCUGGUCUCAAGACGAGGCAAGAGUUCAAGCAGGAGAAGCAAGUCAUCAUACAAUCUUCCGCAGCCGAUAAAAUUGCCCAGCUCCAAAGUACCAAGGAGAAACUCAUCAAGCAGCGAAAGGAGCUGCAAAAUAAAAUCAACAAACUCACUGCAAAACCCACACCGGAUGCCACUAAAACUGAUGGAUCUGACGGCUGA